AUGGAAAACAAUACCAUUUCAGAAGAAUUCAAUGGUAGUAGUGGUGAACAAGCUUUUUUACCAUUACUUACGAGUUUGUCAUAUAAAAGUUCAAAAGUGCUGCAAAACAAUUUAAUAAACUUAGCAACCAACCAUCCACUAUUAUUAAAUAAUGAUGAUGAUAUAAAGGUUUCCGAGUGUUCUAAUGAUGAUAAAUUAACAUCAAUUUUUUCAACAAUGAAUUAUUCAUCAUUAUACUCAUUACUUAAUGGGUCUGUUGGUGAAUUGAUGUUGAUGAAACUUUAUUUGUCUUGUAAAGAAUUCUCAGCAACACUAUUACUUCCAGCAACAACAUCAAUUGAUUCAUUUGAUAUAAUAGAUAUGAAAUUUAUGCAGGAUCAUGUGAUAUUUACAUUACCAAUUGAUAAUGGAGGGCUUAAAUUUGUGACAUUAAGUGGAGUAAGAGGUUUCAUUCAAAACAAUGUUUUAAAGGUUAUUGAUUUAAUAUCUGAACAUUUACCAAUAUUAUCAAAUAAUAAUUCAUGGCAUAAAGG